AUGCCAAUCGAACAACCAUUUGAACUUCCAUGUGGAUUUAAACUAUCUAACAGAACUGUCAAAGCAGCAAUGGAAGAAUCAUUUGGUAGUGGUGAUAAUCAACCAAAUGAAUAUAUUUAUCGUCUUUAUGAACGUUGGGCAAAAGGUUCAUUUGGUGUUCUCUUGACGGGUAACGUACAAGUCGAUGAACGUUAUCCUGGCUUAAUGACAGAUUUAAUGAUUUCGAACAAAGAUAAGAUUGAUAUUGAAAAAUGA